AAUGUAAUGGGACACUACUGGCUCCCCUCCCAUCUCUGGCUGGUGAAGACAUCACAUGUUACCUCCCCAGCUCUUGUUCAGCUGUACAGUGUUGUAUAAAUGUCCCUGUCAUCAGCACCACAUUUCACACGAGACUAGAAGUAGAUCCUUGUAAUUUUCUCAUGACGGUUGAGGUAGAACAACUUAAAUUCACCAGAAAACUGUUUGAUUAUGAGUGGGGAGUGGAGGAGCAAGUCUGGCUAUUUGGUGUGGUCAGAAUGACAUUCAGUGUGUUCGAUUUAUAUACUAAAGGAUAUUUCAUAGUGAAUCUGAAUCUUGAAGUUUGCUUAGAGGCUGCAAAAGUACCUUUUUGUGAAGUAGCUAUUCAGCCCUUGAGAGGCUAUUAUCUUCCAAAGAAAAUUUGUGAAUGGAAUGCACCUUUUAGCAUAAAAGGGUUUUCACUGGCUGCUUGGCAGAUUGUUGAAGGUGUUGCCAACACGGUACCUAUAGAUAGCAGUGUGGUUGAUAAUCUUCUCUCUAAUUUGAAUGUAGCAGCACUUAUGUAUUAUCCCUCCUGUGCAUGGACAGACAUUGAGUAUUCCAGUUCUACCACAAACUUGCAAACCUACUGUCCUGUGUCAGUGCAGACAUCUCUCUCAUCAGUUGCUGAUCAAGCUCUGUGCACUGUUUCCUCAUCUUGUACCAACAUUAAGUGCUGUGUCAAUAUCCCACUCCUUAACAGGACAUUUGAGGUAGGAAUGGAGCUGGACUACUCCUACUACUCACUGAAAGUGAAUGUGGAGAAGAUGACCAGGAGACAGUCUCUUAUUGGAUACACAUUUGGAAAAGAAGAAACACUGAGUGUACAGGGAGUUUUCAAAUUUAUAUAUGAAGUGAAUGAUUUGGUAGAUGGGAAUCUUUUGGAUAUAAGUUUGAAGGCAGAAGCUUGCUUUAGUGAUGGUGGGACAUGUGCUGUCAGUAUUCCUAUUUUAACUAAUGCUCUGAUACCAAAGAGGAACAGGAAAUGGUCAAAUCAGUAUACUAUCAAAGAUUUUUCAUUAAGUCAUUGGAAGACGGAAAAAAUGGUUGCUGGAAAUUUAAAGCAACACCAUAUAAGUGAAUUGUUAGAGAUGCUAAGUCUACAACCAUAUAUGAGGGCAAAUUCUUGUAGCAGACACAAUCCACCAUAUAAUACUGCAGGCUCUGAUGGAUGGGUCAAUGGCUGUACACUUUUAAACAACACAAUGUCCCUGAAUUCUCAUCCUCUGACUUGUAACCUUGACAACUCCUGUACCAGGGUCACCUGUUGUGUUGACUCACCUGUUAUCAACUCUACCUUUGAGGUUUUUAUGGACAUUGAUCCUUGUACUAGAAUGCUGUUCCUCAGGAUAGAGAACUUGAAGGCCCAAAUUCCUUUCAAGGAUAUCAAGUGGGAGUCCAAGAACAAUUUCCAUCUCUUCAAUGUGAUUCGCCUUGAAUACACCAUCUAUGACUUGUACUCUCAGAAUUUCUACUUGGUUGACUUACAACUGUCUGUCUGCUGGGAAACAUACAAAGACUGUGUCUUUACUGCAACUGUUUUGCAAAACACAUUCCUACCAAAAAGACAUUGUGUAGAGAAAAUGAAUUUUGAGAUUCCAUCCUUUUCCCUGACAUCCUAUGGUGUAACUCAUGGCCUGGACCUGGACAAUCUUUCUGAAGCUGAUUUGACAUAUCUCUUUAAUAACCUGGCUAUAUCUAGUUACCUGUCCCCUGACAUGUGUAACAGGACAAGUGAAUUAUACCAACCUGCAAAUGAUGGCUGGAAAAACGAGUGUCCGAAGGCUGCUGUUCUUGCCACACUGCCUGGUAAUGUGAACUGUCACAUGACUUCAAACUGUACCAGAAUUAGCUGUUGUAUGGAGGUUACUAGGCUUAUGUCCCGCCCUGUGACCUUUCACCUAUCAGUGGAUAGUUGCAGUUGGAUGAUUGGUUAUGGAAUUGACAGCUUCAUUGUAAAUCCUUUCGUUAUGUCGGAUUUUGCGUUCGAUGUUUGGCAUGAGUUCUGGAUGAAAGGAAUAUUCCGUUUGAAAUUCUCCAUCACUGAUCUUCAAGCAAUAGAUCAAUUUCGAGUCAGCCUUAAGAUCAUGGCCUGCUUUGAGAGCGGAGCUGCUUGUGAUCAGGAGGUUGUCAUACUCAACAAUACUCUACUGCCUAAAAGAAACUGUGAAGUGGUCCUAGGAACACCAAUGAAAGAUUUUUCAAUUGGUCAAUGGAAAGCAGAGAAAAUGGUUACAACAAUGAAUGAAUACAGUAUAGCUAUUUUAGAGGAGGAAUUAGGAAUGUUUGGAUACAUGUUUAACAAAACGCAAGCUUGUGAUAGAUCAACCACAUUUUCCACUUCAUCUGGAUGGACUAACGAUUGCCCAAAGACUUUAACGUCAUCUUUACCCUACAUUAAUGGUCCAUUUUCUUGCAAUUUGGGAUCAUCCUGUUCUGAAAUCACCUGCUGUGUGAAUGCUAAGCCAAUCGCAAGACACCUGACAUUUACAGCUAAUCUAGAAUUCUGUGGAGACAAAAUCACAAUUGCUAUAGACAAAUUUCAACUAGAAACAAAAAUCAGCAAAAUAAUCUCUACAGGAAAAGAAGAAUCUCUGAACUUCAGUGGAAUUUACCAGUUAAAAAUAUAUGUGGAAGACCUUGCUAACUCUAACCUAUACCUAGUCAGCCUCUCUCUCUCAGCAUGCUGGAAUGGAAUUUAUUCCUGUGAGGAGUACACAAUUUUAUCCAAUAAUAGACUUCCAAAGUCUUUGUCUCAGCCAUACUGUAACUGGCAGGGGAUGUAUGCGGACCCAGGUUUUACACUGACCUCUUGGUUAACCUCCAUGGGAUAUCCUGACACCGCUCCACUGACAGGUGUACCAUUACAGGACCUGAUGGAGCAUCUCAAACUUAACAGGUUCAAGGGAGAUGACUGUGACAAAACAUCGGUUUUACAUAUGCCAAGUAAUGGUACUGGAUGGAACAACACUUGUGCGAGUCCCCCAGAUUUGGUGCCCCUGCCCAGUACACUGACCUGUCACCUGCCUAACUCCUGUACAGGACUGGACUGUUGUGUGUCCAGCACAAAGUUAGGACAGAGCUUCAGAACUUACUUAGAUAUUGAUCCUUGUACAUCCAGGAUCACUUUGGGUAUUGACAACUGGAGGUUUACAGAACUAUCAAAGGAAUCCAUUCAGAUGCUGGACACUGAAUUCCAAAGAAGUAUUUGGAUGAAUGGUGUUGCAAGAAUGGAUAUUCAUUUGAAGAACCUAUGGUUUGCCAGCAAAUAUUUGGUCAGUCUGAACAUAAGCAUAUGCCUUGAAAAUCAAAGUCCAUGUGAAGUAAACCAGAUAGUCUUCAUGAAUGCCCUGCUUCCAAAGAAAAAAUGCAGUUGGAUUCAAAACUUACAAAAUGGAUUUUCCCUUUCGUCAUGGAAAAUGAACAAUUCACUUGGUCCUCAUGAGAAACUCCCGGAUAUCAUGAUUUCUAAACUUGAUGACCAUUUAGGAUUACCGAGCUACAGAAAACAAUCCAAGUGCAACAGGAGAAGUUCACAGUUCUGGCCAACAUUUAAUGGAUGGAAGGAGGAUUGCAGAUUAUCAGGCCUCCCUUACAACCUGGAGAAGAAGACGUCCUGUCAGCUUCACUCUAGCUGUACCUCCAUCACCUGCUGUACAGAGGACACAGAGCUACAGACCACAGUCUCCUGGUUCUUACACAUCGACUCCUGUCAUCUUAAAUUGAGUGUCGGCAUAGAGGAGUGGAAGACCGACUUCUCUCUUAUCAACUUCAACUUUGGAGAUAAUAGAAUAUACAAGCUUGGUGGGGUUUACAGCAUCAGUUAUACUCUUUAUGACCUGCCUUUCGACUCACACUACAUGUUGAGUGUGAAUAUCAGCAUAUGCUAUGAACCAAAUCAUUGUAUACUGACAGAAAGUAUACUUAAGGAUAUGAUGCUACCCAGACCUGUGUGUGACUUUAAAAUCACAACAUAUGAUAAACCAGGUUUUUCACUGAAUUCCUGGAUUACUGAAAGAGAACUCACAGAGUCCUCAUUACCAGAGUACAGUAUCUCUGAGUUGUAUGAAGAUCUUGGACUAGCAAUGUUUGUGAAAGAAAAUUCUUGUAGUAAAAGUACAAACUUCAGUUCUCUAACUAAUGGAUGGACAAAAGAUUGUCCACACCCCAUUACAACUGAAGGACUACCACCAGAUCUAGCUUGCUACAUUCCUAACUCCUGUACUGCAGUGUAUUGCUGUGUAAAUGCCAGUACUCCAUUCCAGACAUCACUCUCAGCCUUCCUAGAUCUUGAUCCUUGUAAUAACAGACUACUGAUUGGCAUAGAGAACUUCAUUCACAGCCUCUCACUGUAUGAUAUUCCUUUUGGUCAGGAGAAUUUUUAUUAUCUUAAGAAUAUUAUCAGAAUGAGAUAUAGGAUUUAUGAUUUAAAAGCAGAGAGAAAAUACCAGAUCACUCUACAUAUAAGCUUUUGUUUGGAGUCCAGUGGUUUCUGUAGGAUUGAGAGUACAGUUUUUCAACAUGCCUUGCUGCCUAAAAAAGUUUGUCAGCUGUACUCUGGAUUCGUUACAACUAACUUUUCAUUGAGUCACUGGAAAUCAGAAAUGGGCAUUUCAACCUUGACUGAAAGGGAGAGUUAUUUACUUCAAGAAGACUUGAUGAUCGCGCAAUAUCUAAGAACAUACUCUUGUUCCCAGCAGUCAGAAGUAUUCAUCCCUCAUAUCAAUCACUGGAAAGAUGAUUGUGGAAAGGUUCAUGGCAUCACCCAGUUCACAGCCUCAGACAAAAUCAACUGUUACCUGGCUUCUAACUGUACAACAGUCACAUGCUGUAUGUUUGACAGUGUGCUAUCCAGAAAUAUAGAAGUCAAACUAAAUAUUGAUUCCUGUAGAUUCAGCAUGAGAGUGACAAUUGAAAAACUAAUUUUUGAUUUAAGUUUAUUGGACAUCAAGUGGGGAGAAGAGAUUAAGAUAGAUAUGUAUGGAGUGUAUGAUAUAAGAAUGGUGAUGCAGAACUUCUACAAUGAACACAAGUAUCUUCUAAGUAUGAACAUCAGUCAGUGUUAUGAACCAGAAAACUGUGAUGUCCAUCAUGUACUGUUUAAAAAUUCAAUCAUACCUAAAGCUGUCUGUGAUUGGUCCAUAGAAUAUCAAAUAAAAGACUUUUCACUGCACCGUUGGAAGCUGAAUAGAGGCCUUGAUACGAGCACAGACGCGAUUGAAGAUACAUACAUUCCACAGUUAAUGGAAGAACUUGGUAUUGCAUCAUACUCCAAAAAGCCAAUGUGUACCAUUUCAUUUAACAAUACAUUAAGAAGAAUCAAUGGCUGGACAACAGAUUGUGCAAUGAACAUCAGCUUACCCACACUAAAUCACAAUGUAAACUGUGAUCUGCUGUCCUCCUGUACUGGUGUGCGAUGUUGUGUGCAUGCUUCACUUCUAAAGAGGAACUAUGAGAUCUUCUUCAGCAUUGACCACUGUACCAGUAGCCUCAGUAUACAAAUUGAACAGGUGUACCAUAACCAAACUCUGACUGAACUUCAGUGGGGCACAGCAUAUGAAUUCAAGCUGCUAGGCGUUUAUAGAAUCAGGUAUAUUGUGUAUGACCUGCUUGAGGAUGAUGUUUACCUCCUUUCCUUGGAAGUGUCAGACUGUUAUGAAUCUAAAAAUCCUGAGUGCAUGCCAAUGGCAACUUUUACUGUGUUCAACAAAGCAGUCAUUCCUAAAGCUCAGUGUUCCUGGAAUCAAAGUUACAGAAUUCAGAAUUUUUCUCUCAAAUCAUGGCUAACUAAAAAUCAACUAGAAAAUGCAACUGACCUUCUCACUCAUGAUUUCAAACUUGUUCAACUGCUGGAUGAGCUUUCAAUAUCACAGUACUUUGAAACAUCCAUGUGUAGCAUAUCUAGUCAGAGCUCAAGAUUUGGAUGGACCACUUCAUGUACCAAGUCUGUAUCCAGACCCAGCAUCACUGGAGGUCUUUGUCAUUUGUCGGAGGAUUGUACUUCAACAGAAUGCUGCUUUAAUGUGGACUUCUUACAACACAAUUUCAAAACAUUCCUCAGUAUUGAUCCUUGUAGUAAAGUCCUGUUGGCUGGCAUUGAGAAGUUGACAAGAGAAAUAUCUCUUGUUGAUUAUAAAUAUGGCAAAGUUGAAAACCUAUGGCUUAGCGGGGUUAGCAGAUUAGAUUUUAUGUUGGAGGACCUUUAUGGAGAGCGUCUUUAUCUUGUGAACAUGAAUGUUAGUUUUUGCUUUGAGUCUGCUGGAGAAUGCUACAAAAGUAUUGCAGUGUUUAAAGACACACUCCUUCCCAAACGGAUAUGUCCAUGGGAUCAAAGUCAAGGCUUUUCAUUGAGUGACUGGAAGAGAAAAUAUGAUAUUCCAUUUGGACCUUUGGAUAAUUGGACAAAAUCCCUACUGUUGGAAUACUUAGACAUUGCACAGUAUAGAGAUUCCAAUGAAUGUAAAAGAGGAGAAGGAUUUUAUACAUUCACCUUUUAUAACUACAGAGACACGGGCUUUAAUCAAAAUGCUUCAAUUAUUUCCCAAUUGUGUCAGUUGGCUGUAGAUCUAGAAAACAACCCAUUGACAAUAGAGUCCGCCAGACGAGUCACCUGUUAUGUACCCAGCCUCUGUACUGCUGUAGACUGUUGUGUAGAUGUCCCCUCACUGGACAUGUCAUUCCAUACCUACAUCUCCAUUGAUCCUUGUCAGUAUACGCUCAGAAUAGGGAUAGAGAAGUACAGCUUUCAGAGGUCACUGGAUCAGUUGAGAUUUGGUCAAGAAGAAGUAUUUACUUUAGCUGGAAUUGUAAAGAUGAUCUACAAAAUAGAGGACUUGCCAGCAGAGAAGUUGUAUGUUAUGACAGUGAAGCUGAGUGUUUGUACAGAGACUUCAGGAUGUGAAGCCAAUCAUACAAUAUUUAACAACAUGCUGCUCCCUAAACAACCAUGUCAAUGGAAUGAGGGAUUUGUUAACAUGAAUUUCUCUGGUUCUGCCUGGAUGACUAACAAUGGCUACACCACUCCCCUCUCUGAGUCCCAGUCUGCAGAGCUGAUGAAGGAGAUUAAGGCUGCACCCUACCUACUGGCUGAUUCCUGUGACCCAGACUCUGGAGUUUACUCAUCUCCAGUUAGUGGCUGGAAUAAUUACUGUCCUAAAGAAAUGUCGUUAACCAAUUUGACUGGAAGUUCAGUAACUUGUCACAUUCCGUACCUAUGUAAUGAGAUACAGUGUUGUGUGAGAGCUGAGAGCAUCAGAAGGAGUUUCCAGGUUGUAGUCAGUCUUGAUCCCUGCUCCCAGAUCAUGCUCAUCAAACUAGAGAGGAUGACCAUCAAAGUUGAUCUUCUGAAUUUUCAGUUUGGCAAAACCCAACAGUACAGUCUGGUGGGGUUUCUUAGAGCUGAUUUGAAACUGUUUGACUUGCCUUAUCAGAAGCAAUAUGUGAUAAGUCUUGAACUGAGUGUCUGUUUAGAGAGCAGUGGAACUUGUAACUUGGUAUCAACUGCACUAGACAAUUCUCUACUGCCAAAGACUGAAUGUGAUUGGUCCUUGGAACUUGAAGGAUUUUCUUUACAAAAUUGGCUUGCUACAAAUGGUGAAAGCAUUGGAACUGUCUCAUUACCUGAACAUGUACAGUACAUGCUACUGGAGGAGAGAGGUAUAGCUAACAUGAUGAAGGAUACACCCUGUAGUAGGACAGGUGGCACCAUGUAUAACUCAUCUACUCCAGUCAAUGGAUGGCUGACAGACUGCACUUCAUUAACAUCAAACCUGACAGAGUUGCCUUCAGAAAUCACUUGCUAUUAUCAUGGCUCCUGUGCUGCAGUCAGCUGCUGUAUGGACAUUGUGAAGUUUGACAACAGAUCUGUAGAAGUGUCUAUCAUCUUUGAUGAGUGUGCCAACUUCCUGACACUGACAAUAGAGAGGAUAUCUCAGACAGUUUAUUUGCAUAAUUUCUCCUAUGGCAUAGAACAGAAACUAACUCUUAAAGGAAUUUUUCAACUGAGAUACACAGUAACACAGAAUAUGUAUACUCGGAAAUAUGAGUUUAAAGUGGAUAUAAUGGCAUGCUAUGAACCAUUAUAUUGUGACCAAGUGGUAACCAUUCUAAACCAGGUAUCAUUUGACAUGAAAGACUGCACUUAUCAGGAGGGAUUUCUGAAUUCCAGCUUUUCCCUCAGUGCAUGGCUGGCUUCCCGUGCUAUACCCAGUGUAGAUGACAUGACUGUACCCCAGGCCAGUGAUCUCCUAACAGAACUAGGACUGGACCACUUCCUGGAUUCUACAGACAGGUGCCUUCUGUCUGACACAGUGUAUGGAGCAGCAGCAGGGAAUGGUUGGAAUAAUGAAUGUGAAAAAUAUCCAAACUACACCCUACCAUCCAUCUCAAACAAAGUAGUUGUUUGUCAUAUACCCUCAACAUGUGACAGAGUGUCAUGCUGUGUCUACAUUGCUCCAGUUCAAAGACAUACUGAAGUUAAACUUCUAGUUAACACAUGCAGUUACCAGAUGGAGGCCUUGAUAGAUAACCUGAAAAUCAGUCGUAACUUGUUCACAUACACAUGGGGCACAAUGGAGAAAAUUGGAAUUCAUGGAGUUAUUAGAUUUGGGUAA